GUUGUAAGCUUCGAGUUUGUCACCAUUGUAGACUAACCUCCACACUUACGAGGAAUUAGAGAUGGCAAACGACGAUCCUUCACGCGUCCGUAUCGUUCGCAAAAGCAUCGUCAAGCCGUCCGUUGCGCGCCCCGGCGUGGUGCUGGCUGUCUCUAACCUCGACCUGCUGUAUCAGACGAUGCCGAUCGCGAUGAUCUGCGCCUACCGCACGCCCUCGGACGGCCUGGGCUUCCAAGACGUCGUGGCCGCCUUCGAGGCCAAGCUGCCGUACCUGCUCGACCACUUCUUCCUCCUCGCCGGCCGCAUCGUCGCCAACCCGCACUCCGGGCUCCCGGAGGUGCACUGCGACAAUCAAGGCGCGGAGCUCGUCGUCGGCGAGGUCGGCGUGGCGCUGGGGAGCCUGGACUACGGCAGCCUGGAGGCGUCCUUGGCGAGGCUCGGCGUCCCCGUCCAGUACGACGCGGGCGUCGCGCUGUCGGUGCAGCUGGUGUCGUUCGCCUGCGGCGGGUUCGCCGUGGCGUGGGGCACCAACCACGUGCUCCUGGACGGGUGCACGCUGUGCAUGAUCGUCGACGUUUGGUCACAGCUCGCGCGGUCCGGGACCGAGAAGAUCGCCGCCGCCGCCGCCCCGAACCACGACCGCUCCAUAUUCCGCCCUCGCGCCGCGCCGUCGUACGGCGGGCUCGGAGAGGUGUUCAUCCCGCUUGAGAGCGAGCGUCUCGUCAACGCACUCACGGCCGGGAGCUCCCUGGUCGUUCGCACCUACUACGUCGAGCAGCGGGACCUCGACAUGCUGCGCGUGCAGGCGAGCGCCAGCGAGGAGCGCGGCGCGAGCGCGAGCCGCGUCGAGGCGGCGUGCGCGUACCUGUGGAAGGUCCUGGCCGGCGUGGUGGGGUCGUCGGACGACAGGUGCCGCAUGGGCUGGUGGGUGAACGGCCGGCCGUGUCUCGCCAAAAAGGAAGCGGCUAUGCGCAGCUACGUCGGUAACGUCACGUCGUUCGCGGUGGCGGAGGCGAGCGUGGACGCGAUCAAGCGGCGGCCGCUCCCGGAGGUCGCGUCGAUGGUGCGCCAGUCGAUCAGGGCGACGGCGACCUCCGAGCACUUCCAGGAGCUGGUGGACUGGGUGGAGGAGCGCAAGGGCAAGGGUCCAGGCAAGUACGUGGAGACGGCAACCGUCGGGCUGGGCAGCCCGGUGCUGAGCGUGACGUCCAUGGUGUCCUUUGGCCUCGACACUGACUUCGGCUUCGGGCAAGCCGCCAUAGCGAUGCCGACGUGGGUGGACAGCGGGAGGCUCUGCUGCGGCUUCGUGACGAUCAUGGCGAGCCCGGGAACGGGAGGCCACGGCGGUGGCUCCUGGAUCUUCACCAUGUCCAUUUGGCCGAGGCUGGCCGCCGCGCUCGACUCCGAUGCCCACCGCAUCUUCAAGCCUCUGACCGCGGAGUAUCUCGGCCUCGCUCAGUAUAGCCGGCUCUGA